CAAGUUUCACUUCGGUCGUGUGCUUUGUGUUGUCAGGCAGAAAGACACACACACUAGACUACCGGGCCGGCGUAGGAUCUUGUCGCAUUUUUUUCCUCCCAAUUUUGUACAUUUAUCUGUUUUCCUAACUAUGUCGGUGGUGUGUGAUUCUGGAUUCUCGAGUGAGGAGGUGUUAAACAGCCGCUUCCCUCUCCACCGGGCGUGCAGAGAUGGAGAUGUCGGCGCCUUGUGCUCCUUGCUUCAUACAACCGCGAACCCGGCUGACCUCACCGUGGAGGACACCUUCUACGGCUGGACGCCCAUACACUGGGCAGCUCAUUUCGGAAAGCUGGAGUGUGUGAUGCGUCUGGUACAAGUGGGCUGCGGCGUCAACAUUGUGACCUCCAAGUUUGCCCAGACACCAACUCACAUUUCAGCAUUUGGAGGCCAUCCCCAAUGCUUGUUAUGGCUCCUACAAGCCGGCGCAGACAUUAAUAGACAGGACUAUGUGGGCGAGACGCCCAUCCACAAGGCUGCACGUGCGGGCAGUCUGGAGUGCAUCAACGCUCUCCUAGUGCACGGAGCAAAAGCUGAUGUAAGGAAUGCCAGUGGGCUGACCGCCGCCGACCUGGCCCACGCGCAGGGCUUCCAGGAGUGUGCUGAGCUUCUCGCCAAUGCCCAAAACUUUCAACAAAACAUGGCUCAGUUCCAUAAUGGGGCCUUUCUUAAUGGCACCAGCCAGAAUGGGGGCCACACACACCCCGCUAUCCAGAGCCGCAGCUUCUUCAAGGGCAUACCCAACAGAAAGAGGUCAUUCGAUGGCCAGGAAAUCAACACGGUUAAGAAGGCAAGACCUAAUGGCGCUGGCAAUGCGUUCGAACUGCAGAACGGCAACGGGCCUCUGGUUGGUGCUGGAGAGUCCCCAAUGGAAAGCAUGGAGUUGGCGUCUACUGUAAACUCAGGUGGGCCAGGACCCGUUUCAUUGGGGCUGAAUGGGCUUGCGCCAGCCAACGAACCAGGGCCUAUGGAUCAGUGGGAGGACCAGGGGGGGCGGGCCACCUCCAACCCCGCAGCUAAAGAGCUGGAGGUCUUCAAUGUGACAUCCAUGCAGACUCCUUGUCGCUGCACUAAUUCGUACGCUUAUUUGUAGACAGGUCGCGAGUGUGUGUUCUGUGCGUGUGUGUUGCCACACAUUCUAAUAGUCACAUUUGUGUUGUAUAUAUUUCGCUAUUGUUAAACUAUGGCUUAUGGCAAUUGUUUGCAUCUUACAUGGAUAAAGCUAAGUAGAAAGGUGUGUGUGUUGCAGUGUGCGUAAGUUUUUCUACCCUCCUGUAUACCUGAUUUCGAACAAGAUUUUAAAGCAUUUGUCCAGUUAUACUGUCGGUUUGAGAGUUAAAAACUUAUUUUGCACAUUUUUAUAGGACAUUGGCAGAUAAAAAUGGUUGUUCCCUGUCUCAGUUGUUAAACAGUGUAAAAAAUAACACUGUCCUUGGUUAUUAGUCUUAAUGGCAAUUUGUUCACAACAGUCAACUAACAAAUUUACUGUUGUAUCCAUUUUUGUUGUGGCUAAGGUGUUGAGAAAAGUUUAAAGGGAAUUUUAUAAUCAGUUAGUUGGCCCAGAAAGUUUGCAUUUAUUUGUAUUGUUUGCUAAGAAAACAAAGCCUUAUUGCUUGAGCUGAUUGUGGAAACAAUUUGAAUUGUUUCCUCAUUGCAUUUAAAUUUGUUUGGGAUUUUGUGUGUCAGUGUUGAUCAGGUGUAGCUUUGUAAUUAAUGAUGUUAAAUCAUUAAAUGUUGGACAAUUUUAUAAACA